AUGUUUUCUGACAUUUGUUUGGAUAUAUCAUCUUGUGGUAAAGAGGUUGCAGAGGAUUUCGCUGAGCUAUGUUCUAUUUCAUCAGGAAUAAUCAUUUCUUCAGGCACGUUAGUGCCCUCACUCC